AGGAGAACGAGCAAGCAGUCGGGCGGCGCGGUCAGACCAGGACAGACCAUGCGGCCGGCGGUGCCGCUGCUGCUGUGGCUGCUGGUCUUCCUGGACUUCCUAGCAGGCAUCUGCUGCCAGGACCUGUUUGGCAUUGUGGGAGAAAAUUUUACUUUUCCAGUGAAUAUAGAAAAAAACCCAGAUGAAAUAAUUUGGACGAAAAACAAGGAUAAAGUGGCUGAAUGGGAAGGACAAAACACGAUGUAUUUUCCUUCUUUCCGUAACAGAAGCUUCCUUAAUGAGGAGAAUGGCUGCUUGACUAUAUUUAACUUGCAGAACAGUGAUGCUGGCGUAUACGUAUUGGAGUACUUCAGUACUCAGAAAGAAAGUUCUCCAUUAACCUUCACACUUACUGUGCUACCUCCCCCUUCAAAACCUGAAGCAAGUUGCAAUGACAGCGGGGAUGCCUUUGUGUUGAAAUGUACAGCAGAUUUCCCAAAGCCUCUGCAUUACACGUGGAAGUUGAAUGGCAAUCCACCAAUCGUUCACCACAUCCCAGAAGUUUUCAUCCCUAAGAAGGAUGUUGGUGCUUCCACGAAAGCUGUGUGCUUCAUUAAGUUCUCUCAAACGGAAAAGAGCUCUGAAAUCUCUUUGACUCAGUGCUUUUCAGGAGACAGCCAUCACAAAAGAAGCAGAGAUGGUCUUAUUGCAGCUUUUGUUAUUUGCGUGGCAGUUGCAGUAAUAGUAGCAUUUCUAUGCGAAAGAGCAAAGAAUUGCCUUGUGGAACAAACAAGAAUGGAAGAGAAGCUGUAGAAUUCAACACUGAAGAAGCUUCCACCUUUUCUCUUGGAGGUUUUCCAACAAGCACUGAAGUCAUCCAUAAAGUGGAUGCUUUGAAGGCCAGCUGAACUGUUUCCAGUGUCUGCUCUUUUCUUAGAAGGGACAGUGACACUAACACAAAAUGUAAGGGUUAAGGUCUUUUUCAUCACAUGUAGAAACUAACAAAGACAUGUUCAUUUACAUGAAUGUAGAUAAGUCAAAAACUGUUUAGCUUUCUAUGCAGUGUUAGAUCACUACUUGUUUACAGACAGAAGGGCAGUUGACCUUCAGCAAACCCAGGUGCCUUUUCUCAUCUCUGGGUUUUUUUCUAGAACUUUUGAUAUUUUUUGCACUUUUAAGGUUCCUUUUUUGUCUUAGCUUCUGCUUCACAGUAUUCUAAAAGAAUGUCAGUCUACCCAUUGCUAUACAAAGAACAAUAUGUUUUUAGGCUGCUUGUGACUGCAAAGAAAACUUGAAAACUGAAGUCACUGAAGCUCAAAAAGAAUCAAAGAUUAAAAAGUACCAUGUUAAUACAGCCCAGGAUGCUGUUGGGUGCCUUUGCUGCCAGGGUACACUGCUGGCUCUGGAUGCCGGAGAGGGACUUUUCAUCAGGGACUGUAGGAAUAGGACAAAGGGUGAUGGGUUUAAACUGAAACAGGAGAAGUUCAGGUUCAAUAUAAGGAAGAAGUUCUUCCCUGUGAGGGUGGUGAAGUGCUGGAACAGGUUGCCCAAAGAAGUGGUAAAUGUUCCACCCCUGGUAGUGUUCAAGGCCAGGCUGAACAAACCCUUGGGCAACAUGGUCUACUGUGAAGCGUCCUUGCCUAUGGAAGGGGGGGGUUGGAACUGGAUAUAUAUUAUUAUAUAUUAUAUAAUAUAGACUGUAGAAUCAUAGAAUGGUUAGGUUUGGAUCAUCCAGUUCCAACACCCUGCCAUGGGCAGGGAUGCUUCGCAUUAGAGCAGGUUGCUCCAAGCCCCAUACAGCCUGGCCUUGAACAGCAACAUGAGUGGAGAAUUGUUAAAUAAGCUAAAAAAGCUCUGUCGCAUCUUUUUGUAAUGCAUACUUAAAUUUCUUACACUUUAAAUUUAGUAAAUGAUCCCCAAAACUAAUCAUUAACUUGAAAUGAUUUAUUUAUUUGUAUAUUUAAGUCGCAACCCCUUCUUCACUGCACCCUCAAUGGAU